AUGGAAGACUCUUCGGACAACGUGAUCAACUACAAAAAAUUGGUCAAGGAACAAACCGGGAUAUCGGUGAAAGAACGAAUGAAAACGAAGGAGAAACAAGAGAAAGAACAACAAGCCGAAAAAGAAGGAGGAGGAGGAGGAGAUGUGCAAUUGAGCAAAACGAAUAACGAUAAGAUGUUGGAAACGAACGGCGGCGGAGGGCACAUGGCGGCGGUUAUUCGAAGGAUCGAGGCGCUGUAUCAAGGCGGGGUGCAAGGCGGAGACGAGAGCGAUUCGUCCUCUGAAGAGAGUUCGGAUGAAGAAGAGAGCGAGGAAGAGGAAAUGAGCGAGGAUGGGGAGGAGGAGGAAGAUGGGGAGAAGGGCGAAGGAGAGGAGGAUGGAAGCGAAGAAGAGGACGACGACGAGGACGACGAUUCGAGCGGGUCGGAGAUGGAAGACGAUCAUCCGACGAGGACGCCCGGAGGAACGUUGGUGGCACCACCUUCGAAAGAGAAGAGAGCGAAAAGAGAGAAAGGUAGUACUGGUGGCGAUGAAGAGAACGCGAAUAAUGACGAUAAAAGCGCGCCGGGGAGCGACGAGAAACAGCCCCAAAACGAUCAAGAAAAGAAGAAGAAAAGAAAGAAGAAGGAGAAAAGCAACAAGCGACGCCGACGUGGUGACAUCGAUUGGUACGACGUCGACGACGAUUGGAUCGACGACGAAGAGUUGGACGAGUAUUUCGACCGAGAUGGGAGGAAAACGAAACAUUCCGGUUUCUUUGUGAAUAAAGGAGAAAUUCAAAACGUCAACGCCGACGGCACGACGCCGCUGAAAGGCGAAGUUGAGUUGACUUACAAACAAAAAGAACAGCUAAGACUGGAAGCGGAAGCUAGAGGAGAGAUCAGAUGUGGACGCGGAUGGACGAUCAAUUGGACGGAGCCUAUGCUCACCGCGUUGAAAGAAGGGGUGGAAGAAUUCGGCCACGCGUGGGCGCACAUCGUCAGCAUAGCUUCGACAAACGAGAAAUACGCGCCUUUGGUUGGUUUGUCUAAAGACCAAAUGACGAGAAAGUGGAUGAAUAUGCGCGAGGAAAUGAUUGCGAAUGGUAUCGAGCCACCGGCUGCGUUUGUGAGCGCGAUGGGUACGAAAGUAAGCAACCCGCUGAUUGGCCGACGACCGCAACCGAUUGGCGAGUGGAAACCGGAAGACGAGAACGACCCAGAACUCGUUGAAAUCGUGAAAGCGCUCGCAAAGCUCGCGCAAAUUUUUAGCGGGAAAAUAAACGACGACGCGAACGAGUUUGGUUUAGGUCAGCACGCCUUGAGAGCAGAUAAACAAGAGAAAUUGAACUCAAAAUUAGAGGAGUUUUGCAUGAGAGCGCCGAAAGAGCUCUUUAACCCGUUUUUGUCCAGAGCGAUGGUGAUGUAUUUGUUAACGGAGAUGGAGUUUGUUUGGACGGAAAAAACGCUCCGGGACAAAAUGAACAAGUUUUUCAAAACGGCAAAUCCAGAUUGGGAAUCCGCGAAACUCGUCGCAGAAGGAGGAGAAGGAGGAGAGAAUGGUAUCGACAACGCCGCGGGUUUUUCCUCGCCGAACACUCGCUCUGUGCGCCCAACGCCGACAAAAUCGGCGCGUCCGACGCCAUUGAAAGCAGCUUCAAAAUCUCCAGCCGUCGCGGCGACUUUUGACGAGAAAAACGACGAUUGGAUGACGGACACUUGGAAGAGUAAUUUUGAGGAUUUUAAAAAGCGAUGCGAGAUUUGCCACGCGAAAAUUCAAAAAUCAAAGAAACCGAACGAGUGGGUGUUCGACCCGGAAUCCACCGAAGCGUUCCUGAGAUUGGUCAAAACACAAUUCGAACAUCCAGGCACUGGUCCAGGUAAAGGGAAGUUCAGUAGCGUCGUCUACGCGGCGGCGGUCAAAGCGAUUCCGGAGAUGUACAACUUGCACGUUGCGAACAUGAGAAAUAAAUAUAGCAACGAAAGGCAAAAGCUAGCUCGCAUGUACGUAUGA